AUGCACCAAACCGCCAAUACCACCGCAGAGAUCCCUCUGCCCAUCACCUAUACGCCCACCACCCAUCGGAUCAGCAAGGCCAAAAAGGGGAAACGGGUUCAUGCCUGUGAAUACCCUGGCUGCAACAAGGUGUUUACUCGAGCAGAGCACAAGAGGCGCCACGAGCUGAAUCACAACCCUGAAGCAGUCUUUCGGUGCACCUAUCCCGGCUGCCGCAAGGCGUUCCAUCGUCCAGACCUGCUCAGCCGGCACAUGGAGAGACAUGAACUGGACUCGCAGGCCGAAAGCCUCUCCCAGCAGCAGCAGCAGUGGUCCCGUCACCAGAAACCAGGCUCGCUAGAUUCAACCUCGUCUACUUCUUCCUGCAUCUCCAUCGAGCACACUACUGGGCCUUAUCUUGCGCCCGCGCCUGUGCCGGUGUCUGUACCGGUGUCCAUGUCCAUCCAGGCAUCUGUAUCUGCAGUACAGGCAUCGGCCUCACCGCAACAGCAUCAGCAACAGCAGCAACAGCAGCAACACCAACAACAAACAUCCAUGUCUAUCAACUCGAUUGUUGCGCCGGGAAUCCACCCGGACCUAGCAAGCGACUGUCAACUGCUGUGGGCAGCGGCGGCGGCGGCGGCGGCGGUGGCACCGCCGCCUCCCUCGUCAUUCCACAGCCACUCUCAGAGCCAGACCAUUGAAUCCGGCGAGGGAAGCCCAUUCUACUCCUCGCCAGAGACCUGUGCCUCCCCGUCAUCAGAGAGUGCGUUCCACUCGGCCUCACUACCGCAACCACACCCGCUCCCGUCACAACAAUCCUUGCGAUACCCCCCCAAGCCCCUCAUCAAAUCCGAACUCACCUCUUCCCCGCUCCAAAUCUCGGCCUCCCUCCCCUGGGAUCCAGUGUCACAUCUCAUCCCGGUAUCACUGGACGACACAAUAAUCCAGCCGUUGUUAUGCCAAUACCCCAGCCCGACAUGGACGGGGACAGGACUCCCCUAUGAGCACGGGGUGCCUCUUGCGCCUUCGUUCCCGACAGCCGUAGAGUGGAAGGCCUGGUCGUUAUAG